AAUCUAUUUUUUGAUUAGUUCUUGAUUUUAAUUCUAGGUUCUAGCGUUGGAUUGCACCAUUGAUAUUGAUAAAAUACCUGGAAUGAAGUUAACCCUGAAAUCUUCUUUGGGGGAGUUCCAGAAUCUGAUGGCGAAGGACUUGGAGAUCAUCCAGAAGUCCUUGAUUUGUUUAGGGAGAACACCCCUUUUUCUCAUUUUUUGGAUGUUGAGUGUAUUCCUCCUCCUCUGUUCCUAUGGCAACUCAUUGCGAGGGAAGCCAAAAUAAAGAGGAAAGGAGAGAUGUAGUUCGUUUUCAAAGGAGUUCCUGUCAGGAAUUAACCUCUGCAAAGAAUGAUUUCAUUCGAGCUCACUUUCCUUCUGCAAAGAAGGGAAAGAAAUCUGCUGCAGUCACAUACAAGAUGGUUGUGCAGCGUUUCUUGGAAAUUUGUAAAGGAUUGGACAGGGAAAAGAAGAAAGAAGGCCAGGAGAUGGAUGUUGUGAAAAUGGUAGCACUUUUGUUUGUUGUUGUUGUUCUCUUGGGUCUUGCUGAUCGAGACAAGUCUGCAAUUCCAGAUUGGAUUCUGGGCAUGAUUGCACAGUGGACAGCAGUUCUAGGUUUCCCAUGGGGAACCUGGGCAUUUAUGGAGUCCUUGGGGUCACUAAGGAAAGACCUAGCUGCUAAGGCCAAAUCAAUUGGAAGAGGGGCCUCAUCAACCAUGUACUAUACUGGUUUCUUGCUUCCCAUUGGGAUCCUUUUUCUGGAGAGUUACUUGGGGACUGGAGCAAACAUUACAACAAGAAGCCCACAGACAUCCCCAGCUAGGCCAAGAAUCUGCCUUUGGGGUGAGAUUCCAAUAAAGAAGAAAAUCACCCACACAGAAAUGGAUGCUUACGUUGGGGACGUGCAGAGCAUUCUUGUUCUCGAUAAGUUUGAGGCAACUGCAGAGUGGUAUUUGAACUUCCAUCCUCUAGAGACCACAAAACACCCCGAGUUGGAUGCAUUUGUGGCAAAAUUAGAGUGUAGAGGGGAAGUCCACAUUCCGGUGGAGAGGAAGAGAAAACCCUGGAAUGUCCCUUCACCAACAAGAGAUAAUUCUGAAGAGCGUAAUAAGCACAUCUCCUCUCCCCAAGAAUCUCAGAGGAGUCAGAGCCUUAGGGAAUCUCCUUCUAGAGUCUCUCAUUCCAACAUCCCAAAUCCAUCGUCUCCUACCCCUCACCCCGCCAAGCCUUCAUCCAAUUCCUUUCAAGAACUCUUUGAUCGAAUGUCAAAGAAAAUUGAUAACAUUGCAGAAGAACAAAGAAAGAGAACUGAUCUAUUCUUAUGUAAAAAUAUGAAGGUGAAUGUAACUGAAUCAGGAGAAGAACCAACCAAGAAUCCGCAAAAGGUGCCAGAGACGACAAUCACGGGUGAUUGUGAGGAGACUGAGGCAUGCAAUCCUUCCCCUGACCAUAAGGUUUCUCCAAGACUUGGUAUUCUCCAAAUUGUUGGGGAAAUAAAACAAGAGCACGAGAAUCAACCUUCAACUCUUUCUUAUUCUGUUCUUAGUUUGGAGAACAGAAAGGCCGAGUCUACCCACGAGACAAUGGGAACAGAAGAUGCUACCUCAAUGAAGCCUCUGCAGGAAAUGGCUGAGUCUACCCACGAGACAAUGGGAACAGAAGAUGCUGCCUUAAUGAAGCCUCUCCAGGAAAUGGUUGAGUCUAGCCAUGAGGUAAUGGAAACAGACGCUGCUGCUUCUAUGAAACCUGUGCAGGCUGAGUCUACCCACGAGACAAUGGGAAUAGAAGAUGCUGCCUCAAUGAAGCCUCUGCAGGAAAUGGUUGAGCCUAGCCAUGAGGUCAUGGAAACAGACGCUGCUGCUUCUAUGAAAACUCUACAGGACAAGGUUGUUUCUCCCCCGAAGGAAUUGGAAGACGAGGCUGAAAUUACUGAUGCCAUUGUGUAUGGAAAGAGAGUGAAAAAGAAGUCAGCCAGUUUGAAGUCUCCUUAUACAGCGGACGGGAGGAAGAAAAAGAAAGCCGAUGAGCUCUUAUCUAAGCCGCCAACUAAAGUAGAUCUUUUGGAAUUUAAGAACUUCAUCGUAAAAGCAAUUAAAGAGGACUGCCCUGUACAAUGCUACCUCGCGCAGUACAAGGAGAUUCAGGGAUUUGUGAAAACGUGGUGGACUGACCUUAUCACUCCAUGUCUUUGGGUAGCGGAUACUAAUCUGAGUGAGUACCUUUACGUCCUGAGAAGACGUUUAUGCAAUGACGAUGGAGACUCAUGCAUUGCGCCUUUUGAAUUCUUCAAUUACGUGAACUCUUAUGCGCAUGACCCACAAUGGCCUGUUUUGUCUGGACCCCUUGAAAAGAUUGUGGAUGGUACAUACAGCGAGGGGCCGGAAGAAUUUAAAACCAAAGCCUAGAAAAAGAACACUAAGUACGUAUAUCAUUUGAAAGGCACGGGUUCACAUUGGUUCUAUAUCAAGGCUGACUUUGAGAGGUGUCGCCUCAUCGUGCAUGACUCCCUUAAAUGGAUAACUUCGAAUGAGAAGAUAGAAAGUUUGGUGAUAGAUGAACUUAGAGGGUUUAAAGGCAUUGCUGAAAUUAGAGAAAUCGGCAAGCACGGAUAUGCCGAUUGGGAAAUCGAAUACUGCCCAGUACCCCAACAGAUUGAUUGUGACUGCGGCAUCUUCGCAGUAAAAAUGUUAGAGUUGG